UGCUGUCGCGGCCUCUGAGUUCCAUCAGUGCGGAGAUCAAGCUGCUGAUAGACAGAGCUCUUUGACAGCGCAGCGGGACAGGAGGCUGUGGACCGGGACAAAAACAAUCGGGAAAAACGCGCCGGUGCAUGGGAUCUGAGAGGGAUCAUUGGAACUAAGAACGGCUGUCCGCAGGGAUCGACAGCUGACACAUCGGGAGAAAAGUCGCAGAGCCCGGAGAGAAAAAGCGAACGAGUCGAUCGAGGCAGUGGCCCCCUAUUCGAGAAAGCCCAGCUACUUCGGGAUUAGGUUCUGUUGAUUUGCAAGAAGAGCCAGAGCGUGUGCGAGUGAACGGUACUCGCGAUCAGGUGUGUAGGCAGUGGGAUCCGAGCUGCGAGGCACCCCUUAGCCGGGGAUACAGCGCCACCAUUCAGGGACCAGCAGCAGGGAGAGUGGAGCGGGAGCCCGGGCUGAAGAUAGCGGGGAGAGGGGAUCCAGGGAGCGGAACUGUUACGAUAUCACUACCGGGACUCGUUGAGAGUAUGACUGCAGGGAAGGGAUCCGGGAAGACACCCGAGCCGAAGAGAGAGCGACUCCGACUACUCGUCUGCUUUUUAGGGGUUUUCGUCUGUUAUUUUUAUUACGGCAUCCUGCAGGAGACGAUAACCCGUGGGGAUUAUGGGACGGGGGAGACGAAAGAGAAAUUCAAGUACGCCACCACCCUGGUGUUCAUUCAGUGUGUCAUCAACGCGCUGUUCGCUAAACUGCUUAUCCAGUUCUUUGAGAAGCCCAAGCCGGACCGCACUCGGAGCUGGCUCUAUGGAAUGUGUUCACUGUCCUACCUGGGGGCCAUGGUCUCCAGCAACUCUGCGCUUCAGUUUGUCAACUACCCCACACAGGUCCUGGGGAAGUCCUGUAAACCGAUCCCAGUGAUGAUUUUGGGGGUUACGAUCUUGCGUAAGAAGUACCCCAUGUCUAAGUACCUGUGUGUGUUGCUGAUCGUCGGUGGCGUGGCUCUGUUCAUGUACAAGCCCAAGAAAGGGCUGCCCGGGACGGACGAACAUGCUUUCGGCUUUGGGGAGAUGCUGCUGCUGCUGUCCCUCACUCUGGAUGGGCUGACAGGCGUGGCUCAGGACCACAUGAGGGCGCACUUCCAAACCGGGUCCAAUCAGAUGAUGCUAAACAUUAACCUGUGGUCCAUGCUGGUGCUGGGAGCUGGUGUGGUCUGGACUGGAGAGGUGUGGGAAUUCCUGAGUUUCACCGACCGCUAUCCCAGCAUUCUCUACAACAUCGUGCUGUUUGGGCUGACAAGCGCACUCGGACAGAGCUUCAUCUUCAUGACUGUGGUAAGCUUUGGACCCCUCACCUGCUCCAUCAUCACCACCACCCGCAAGUUCUUCACCAUCCUCGGCUCCGUCCUGAUCUUCGGAAAUGCCAUCAGCGGAAUGCAGUGGGUGGGCACGGCGCUUGUGUUCCUGGGUCUGGGUUUAGAUGCCAAAUUUGGAAAAGGACCUAAAAAGACAACUCAGUAGAAUCUAGAAUCGGAACCCAAGGACUGUUUUAUUAAAAGCAAGUUUUCCUUUUCAACCCUUCCUCGGUCAAGUCUGUAACUUAACAACUAGUUUUAGUUCAAUUAUUGUGACUUUUUUAAACAAAAAAAGGAUAUAUAUAUAUAU